UUUUGCUUUUUUAUUUAUUGAGUUUUUCUCUCUACUGUCCCCAAAAUCUAGGGUUUUAAGGUUUUUCUUAUCUUCCUCCUCCUCUUCCUCCGCCAGAUUCUUCUCUUGCGAAGAUGAGCAACGACAAGGACAACUUGAAUAUGAGCGAUCUCUCGUCCGCUCUUAACGAGGAGGAUCGAGCGGGGCUUGUAAAUGCUCUUAAGAACAAGUUGCAGAAUUUGGCUGGACAACACUCAGAUAUCCUUGAGAACUUGAGUCCAACAGUCAGGAAGCGUGUUGAGGUUCUAAGGGAGAUUCAGAACCAAUAUAAUGAAAUGGAAGCAAAAUUUUUCGAAGAGAGGGCAGCUCUAGAAGCUAAAUAUCAGAAGUUAUAUCAGCCUUUGUACACCAAGCGUUAUGAGAUUGUGAAUGGUGUGGUUGAAGUUGAAGGUGCACCGGAAGAAGCAAAAACAGAUCAAGGAGAAGAUAAAGCUGCUGAAGAGAAAGGAGUACCUGAUUUCUGGCUUAUUGCAUUGAAGAACAAUGAAAUUACCGCUGAGGAGAUAACUGAGCGUGAUGAAGGGGCUCUCAAGUAUCUUAAAGAUAUCAAGUGGAAUAGGGUUGAAGAACCAAAAGGGUUCAAGCUUGAGUUUUUCUUUGAUCAGAACCCGUACUUCAGGAACACUGUCUUGACCAAGACUUAUCACAUGAUUGAUGAAGAUGAGCCUAUCCUCGAGAAGGCUAUUGGGACGGAAAUUGAGUGGUAUCCUGGAAAAUGUUUGACUCAAAAGAUCCUAAAAAAGAAGCCGAAGAAGGGAUCCAAAAACACGAAGCCUAUCACUAAGACUGAAGACUGUGAGAGUUUCUUUAACUUUUUCAGUCCACCUCAAGUUCCUGAAGACGAGGAGGAUCUUGAUGAUGACAUGGCUGAUGAACUCCAAGGCCAAAUGGAGCAUGACUAUGAUAUCGGAUCAACCAUUAAAGAAAAAAUCAUCUCCCAUGCUGUGUCAUGGUUCACUGGUGAAGCUGUCGAGGAUGACCUUGAGAUGGAUGACGAUGAUGAUGAGAUUGAUGAAGAAGAUGACGAGGAAGACGAGGAAGAUGAUGACGAGGACGAGGAUGAUGAUGAGGACGAUGAUGAGGACGAAGAAGCAGAACAAGGAAAGAAGAACAGAAAGAAGUCAUCCGCUGGGCACAAGAAGUCUGGAAGAAGUCAACUUGCCGAAGGUCAACAAGGUGAGAGGCCACCGGAGUGUAAGCAGCAAUGAAGAAUCUUCUACUCCGGCGAAGAAGAGUCGUUAAUUUAUGAAGAAGAAGAAGAGUCGGGUCUUUGAGCCGAGGUUGUGUUUUUCUUUAUUUGCAGAGUCAUGGUCCUUGUUAUAUGAUCUUAUAUCAAAGUUUUGGGUGGUGGUUUGCUCUAAAAAAAUUGGUUCUUUGGUUUGGUUUGUGUCAGAUUUUUCAGUUGUAAUGUGUUCUUUAUGAAUCGGUUUGAGCAAUUAUUAUUUUAUCGUUUUGGUCUAAUUCUGACUCAAA